CGUGAAGGUGACUCGUCUGCGACUCUGGCGUGCGCGCCUUACGAUUGACUCACCACUGGGACUCGGCAGUCUUCAAUGUUGAUAAAGCUGCUGUCGCUGUUGCGACCUGGUACGUAGACAAUCCAUUAGGCUCCGGCAGCGCCGCAGUAUCCCAGGAAAGAGAGCUUGAUAGCACUCGAAUCGAGCAUCUUGACCCUUUUGGUAAAAACGCGCAAGCAUUCCUCCAUUUGCAAAGGCUUAGCAUUACCAAAAUGGCAGCGAGGUCCUCUCUCUUGAAGCGUGCGUUCUCUGUAGCCUUCCAGAUCCGCUGCUAUUCUGCUCCCGCGGAGCGGUCAAUUCCUGUGGCCAAACAAAAAUACGUUCCUACUUCUGGUACGUAUCCGAAAGGCUUCCUGGCCGGCUCAGCCUAUGCUGGAGUCAAAGAAAGCAACAAAAGCUAUGAUGACAUCGCUCUGGUGGUGUCCGAGAAGCCCUGCCCUGCAGCUGCCGUUACCACCAAGAACAUCUUCAAGGCCGCCCCAGUCCACUUCUGCCGGAAAGCACUCAAGUCUUCGAACGAGGGGUAUCAAGGCGUUGUCGUCAACUCUGGGUGUGCCAAUGCCGUCACAGGCGAGCUCGGCUUCCAGCAUGCAGCGAUGAUGGCGGAAGCCGCCGAUAAAUGCUUCCAUCAGGAUACGCAGACCCUUGUCAUGAGUACCGGCGUUAUUGGCCAGCGCCUGCCUAUAGACAAAAUCACCAACGCGAUACCAAAGGCGUAUCAAGCGUUAGGAUCAACCCACGACCACUGGCUUAACGCCGCGAAAGCAAUCUGCACAACCGAUACGUUUCCCAAGCUUCUCUCGCGUUCCUUCACAUUGCCAGGGUCGCAACACGAAGGGAAGGAAUACCGUAUUGCUGGUAUGACUAAAGGUGCCGGCAUGAUCCACCCCAAUAUGGGCACCUUACUGGGCAUUGUCUGCACGGAUGCGAAGAUCGAAGCGGCCAGCAUGUACAGCCUGCUCCAAUCCGCAACCGAGCGAAGCUUCAAUUGCAUCUCGAUAGACGGUGAUACCAGCACGAACGACACGGUCGCAUUCUUCGCCAAUGGCGCAGCCGCAUCCGACGAUACUCCGCCCCUGCAAAAUUCUGACGAUUACAGGGAAGACACGGCCGCAUUCGUAAAAGUAUUUCACACGUUCAUGUGCGACCUCGCAAAACUCGUCGUGCGUGACGGCGAGGGCGCGACCAAAUUUGUAACGAUCAACGUAACCUCCGACGUCUCCAUGGCUACCGCCAAGCGCGCCGCGACGAGCAUCGCGCGCUCAGCGUUGGUCAAGACGGCGCUCUACGGCAAGGAUGCAAACUGGGGUCGCAUUCUCUGCGCGAUAGGCUAUGCGCCCGGGAUCAUGGACUCGCUCGAGGUUCCCUCAGAGUCUCCUGAUCACACUCAGUCAGCCCCGCCUCAAAUCAGUCCCGAUCGAACGUCGCUCUCGUUCAUACCGUCUGACGGAAGUGAGGAGCUCAAGUUGUUGGUGCGUGGCGAACCGGAAACGGUUGAUGAGGCGCGGGCAAAAGCGAUACUCGAGAUGGAAGAUUUGGAGAUCGUGGUCAAGCUUGACGAUGAUGGAGUGGAUUCGGGACUGACAGGGACCUCUGACAGGGCGUCGAAGCGGCACAAAGUGACGGUGUGGACGUGUGAUUUGAGUCACGAGUAUGUGACGAUCAACGGGGACUACAGAACCUAG